CCCGGCCCGAGCUGCGCGUGCGGAGCGAGCCCCCUCUGCAGGCUGCAGCCCCAGCGCCCGGCGCGAUGUCAGUGACGUUUGAGGAUGUGGCCAUGUAUUUCUCCCCAGCAGAAUGGGUGCUGCUGGGCGAGGAGCAAAAGCAACUUUACAGACACGUCAUGUGGGAAAAUUACCAGACUCUGGUCUCAUUAGGAAUCAAAACUCCCAAGCCAGUGGUGAUCUUCAGCAUAGAGCGAGGGGAAGAUCUGUGUGUGCGGGGUCCCACAGAAGAUGAAGAUGGGGACAUUCUUAGAGGAACCCACCCAGAUUUUUCAGAUGCAGAGGAGACCUGGGACUGGCCAGCAAUUGAAAGCUCCUUGGGCUUCUUCCUCACACAAAGCUCUUCCCCUGGAGCAGCAGAGGCAAGGAACCUGAACAGAGCUGAGGGGCAGACUCCUGAGGAAGGACCUGGUAGCCUGGAGCCACUCAGACCUUUCCGAGGGACAUCAGGGAAGAACCAUUCCAAGAAAUCUGAACGGGGAAGACAUCACAAGAGACAGGGCAGGUCUCAAAGGCAGAGGAAAAAUCUGAUCAGGAAGGAGCAGGCAACCUCAAGAGGCCAUCAGAGGAGAUCCAGGCCAUAUCUAAAGCCUCCUGCAGAGGGAAAAACUGAGCCCAGAAAGAGCCUAUAUACCUGCCAUGUGUGCAGAGAAGAAUUCAAGGUGCAGAGAGAACUGAUAAGCCACCACUGGAUGGUUCAUAAGGGACAGGAACUGUAUCACUGUAGCGAGUGUGGGGAGAGCUUUAGGAGAAAGAAGGAGUUCAGAGCACAUGGGAAAGUUCACAGAAAGAAGAGAGACCAUCCCUGUUCUGAAUGUGGGAAGAUAUUCAAUCAGUUAUCACUGCUCAGUGCCCACCAGAGAAUCCACACUGGAGAGAGACCCUAUCACUGUGCUGAGUGCGGAAAAAGAUUCUUAUACUUGUCAGCUUUUACCAUCCACAAGAGAAUCCACUCGGGAGAGAGACCCUAUGCGUGCGCUGAGUGUGGAAAGCAAUUUAUGGAUUCGUCAACAUUUCGUAAUCACCAGAGAAUCCACUCAGAAAAGAGACCCCAUCGCUGUAACCAAUGUGGGAAAGGCUUCAAACUUACAUCAAAUCUUACUAGGCACCAGAAAAUCCACAGCGAAGAGAGACCCUUCUUGUGUCAUGAGUGUGGGAAAAAGUUCUGCCUACGAGAACAUCUGAUCAGACAUCAGAGGAUCCACACUGGGGAGCAGCCCCAUUGCUGUGCUGAGUGUGGGAAAAAAUUCAGUCUCCUUCAAAGUCUCAGGAGACACCAGGAAACCCAUAGUACAGGGAGACUCCAUCGCUGUGCUGAGUGUGGGAAAAUAUUCCGUCAUCCAGACAGUCUCUCUAAACACCAGAGAGUCCACAAUGGGAAACUCCAUCGCUGCACUGAUUGUGGAAAAGGUUUUGUCUAUAUACAUCAUCUCACUCGCCACCAGAGAAUCCACACUGGAGAGAAACCCUAUUGCUGCACUGAGUGCGGGAAAAGUUUCACCCAAUUGUCAGGCCUCACCAACCACCUGAGAAUCCAUUCAGGAGAGCGACCAUAUCCUUGCACUCAGUGUGGGAAGUGCUUUGCUCACUCAUCAUCUCUCACUGAACAUCUGAAAAUCCAUUCAGGAGAACGACCAUAUUCCUGCAUUGAGUGUGGGAAGCACUUUGCUCGCUCAUCAUCUCUUACUCAGCAUCAGAGAACCCACUCAGGAGAGCGACCAUAUUCCUGCGCUCAGUGUGGGAAGCGCUUUGCUCGCUCAUCAUAUCUUACUAAACACCAGAGCAUCCACUCAGGAUAGAGACUCCUGACCCUGGUGUUUGAUGGAGGGAACCUCUUCUUUCUCUCACUUCUUCCUGUUCCCAAAGCCUAUAAAAGAGGGAGAAGUUGCUCCCACUCUGAAAUGUUCCCACCUCUUCACUAAGCAGACACGAAUUUAGGUGCUGGGUUUAUUAAAAUAAUUUGUAUGGUCCUCGAGAGGUACAGAAACGUUCCAAAGUGGGCAUAAUGGGCUGCAGGUGGGACAGAGAUGACUGGAGUUAGGACUGCACUUUGGAGGCCCUGGUUUCUCCCAAGCCGUUUGCUCACUGUGGCUCCCAUCCUCUCAGGCUCCACAAAUGGAAUUAAUUGUUUUAUUUCUUCUGGGAUUUGGGGGUUUGGAAAAAUGGGCAGAGACUGAAAAGGAGCUUUCAUCUCCCGAGUUAAUGAAAGGCUUGACAUCCCUGUGUGCCCCUCAUAGCACUGGAAGGUUGUUUUUGAUUUGGCUUUGAGAGAAAAUUAUGAAUCAAACUGUCUUGAUAGUUGGCUUCGUGCAUAAUGCAGCCAGGGCCCUGUCUUCACAUUCAAUUGCGAGGCAAGCAAUACUAGAUAGGACCAGAGGUUUUGAGAUCAGAGUUUCUGGGUCACACAACGAUGAUACAGCUAAAGUCAAGACACCCCUUCUCUGAAAUAGUGAGCCUGUCAGACAAUAUAUCAGAGACAACAUUUCUAAGGAACAGCACCAACAGGUGGUGUGGGACUCUACUUUGGUUUGAUGCUGCAUUUCUUGGUAGAUAGACAAGUCAGAUUUCCAUCCCCUACUCUCUGCGAAUCAGCUCUCACGUCUUCCUCAGAAUAACCAUAUUAAGUGAAAGAUCCUUCUUCAUUACAACAGGAUACAUUGUGGUGACAGGUGCUUUAACUUACAUCUCUACCCAUUGGGGCUUCUUGAGCUCCACAUCCUGUUCCUGUGGGGCUCAAGAACAAACAGCAUGCUAUUUGGUUAUGGACUACCUUCUUUAUCAUCUUGAUGGUAGAUGCAAAUGCUUGACCUCUAUGGAUGCUGCUGUCAUGAUUAGCGUGACUACAUCACUUACUCAUCAUCUAAUUCAUUGUGCCAUCAGAAGUCAUACACCAGAAAAAAAGGCAAGGGCAGGUGUCAAGGCAGUAAAAGAACUAAAAAAAUAGCCACCGUGGCUUAACAACUAUGUAAAAGAAGCAGUGAGAGAUAAAGACUUGCUUUAAAAAGUGGAAGUCAAAUCCUAAUGAGGUAAAUAGAAAAGAGCAUAAACACUGCCAAAUUAAGUGUAAAAAUGUAAUAAGAAAAGCCAAAGAGGAGUUUGAAGAACGGUUAGCCAAAAACUCAAAAGGUAAUAACAAAAAGUUUUUUAAGUACAUCAGAAGCAGGAAGCCUACUAAACAACCAAUAGGGCCCCUCGAUGAUCGAGAAUAAAGGAGCACUUAAAGAUGAUAAAGUCAUUGCGGAGAAACUAAACAAAUUCUUUGCUUCAGUCUUCACGGCUGAGGAUGUUAGGGAGAUUCCCAAACCUGAGCUGGCUUUUGUAGGUGACAAAUCUGAGGAACUGUCAAAGAUUGAAGUGUCAUUAGAGGAGGUUUUGGAAUUAAUUGAUAAACUUAACAUUAACAAGUCACCGGGACCAGAUGGCAUUCACCCAAGAGUUCUGAAAGAACUCAAAUGUGAAGUUGCGGAACUAUUAACUAAUGUUUGUAACCUGUCCUUUAAAUUGGCUUCUGUACCCAACGACUGGAAGAUAGCUAAUGUAAUGCCAAUAUUUAAAAAGGGCUCUAGAGGUGAUCCCCGCAAUUUACAGACCGGUAAGUCUAACGUCGGGCAAAUUAGUCGAAACAAUAGUAACGAAUAAAAUUGUCAGACACAUAGAAGAACAUAAAUUUUUGGGCAAAAGUCAACAUGGUUUCUGUAAAGGAAAAUCAUAUCUUACUAAUCUAUUAGAGUUCUUUGAAGGGGUCAACAAACAUGUGGACAAGGGGGAUCCAGUGGACAUAGUGUACUUAGAUUUCCAGAAAGCCUUUGACAAGGUCCCUCACCAAAGGCUCUUACGUAAAUUAAGCUGUCAUGGGAUAAAAGGGAAGGUCCUUUCAUGGAUUGAGAACUGGUUAAAAGACAGGGAACAAAGGGUAGGAAUUAAUGGUAAAUUCUCAGAAUGGAGAGGGGUAACUAGUGGUGUUCCCCAACGGUCAGUCCUAGGACCAAUCCUAUUCAACUUAUUCAUAAAUGAUCUGGAGAAAGGGGUAAGAAGUGAGGUGGCAAAGUUUGCAGAUGAUACUAAACUGCUCAGGAUAGUUAAGACCAAAGCAGACUGAAGAACUUCAAAAAGAUCUCACAAAACUAAGUGAUUGGGCAACAAAAUGGCAAAUGAAAUUUAAUAUGGAUAAACGUAAAGUAAUGCACAUUGGAAAAAAUAACCCCAGCUAUACAUACAAUAUGAUGGGGGCUAAUUGAGCUACAACAAAUCAAGAAAAAGAUCUUGGAGUCAUUGUGGAUAGUUCUCUGAAGAGGUCCACGCAGUCUGCAGAGGUGGUCAAAAAAGCAAACAGGAUGUUAGGAAUCAUUAAAAAGGGGAUAGAGAAUAAGAAGGAGAAUAUAUUAUUGCCCUUAUAUAAAUCGAUGAUAGGUCCACAUCUUGAAUACUGUGUACAGAUGUAUAUCUUUUUUGAGAUGAGACCACUGGUUCAGAGAAGGGCAACUAAAAUGAUUAGGGGGGUUGGAACGGGUCCCAUAUGAGGAGAGAUUAAAGAGGCUAGGACUUUUCAGCUUGGAAAAGAGGAGACUAAGGGAGGAUAUGAUAGAGAUAUAUAAAAUCAUGAGUGAUGUGGAGAAAGUAGAUAAGGAAAAGUUAUUUACUUAUUCCCAUAAUACAAGAACUAGGGGUCACCAAAUGAAAUUAAUCGGCAGCAGGUUUAAAACAAAUAAAAGGAAGUUCUUCUUCACACAGUGCCCAGUCAACUUGUGGAACUCCUUACCUGAGGAGGUUGUGAAGGUUAGGACUAUAACAGCAUUUAAAAGAGAACUGGAUAAAUUCAUGGAGGUUAAGUCCAUUAAUGGCUAUUAGCUAGGAUGAGUAAGGAAUGGUGUCCCUAGACUGUUUGUCAGAGGGUGGAGAUGGAUGGCAGGAGAGAGAUCACUUGAUCAUUACCUGUUAGGUUCACCCCCUCUGGGGCACCUGGCAUUGGCCACUGGGCUAGAUGGACCUUUGAUCUGACCCAGUACGGCCGUUCUUAUGUUCAGGCUGAUUCCCUACUCGGGCACUUCAAGUGCAGAAGGUGGGGGCCCACAAGGAUUAAAAAAAUUAAUACUGGCCACUCCAGGCUUGUAUUAAACUCCCAAGGUUACAGCUUCUCUCUGACCUUGGAUGGGUAGAUGCUGCCACCACCUAAAUGCAAACCCCUGGGAACCCAGGAAAGCGCAGUUAGGAAUUCCUUUCCUGGGGUACCCUCAAGCCCUUUCACACACACACAUACACACACACCCUCCGGGGAGGAGCUGAGAAAGAAAACAAAGGAAAUUAGCUGUUGCCCCCAGGUAAUUAAACAACAUAUGCAUAAACCUUUUAGGACACCAAAAAUCCAAUCCUGUUCUUAAAAAAAGAUAAAUUUUAUUAAAAACAAAAAGAAAGAACAUACAUCUGGAACGUAGGCUUUUGCUAGAUUUUAAAAAAGCAAUUCCAAAAAUUAAGCACUCAAAAUAGCUUUUUGGGGGGUUCAGCUUAAAGUUUAGAAGCAAACAAAAGCAUCUGCGGUUAGCAUAGAGGAGUCCACUAGCCAUAAGAAAAACAGAAAUAAACCUAAUUGUGUCUUUCUAAACAUUCCUGAUUCACUUACACAUGGGGGGAGGGAUAGCAAAGUGGUUUGAGCAUUGGUCUGCUAAACCCAGGGUUGUGAGCUCAAUCCUUGAGGGGGAAACUUAGGGAUCUGGGGCAAAAUCAGUACUUGGUCUUGCUAGUGAAGGCAGGGGGCUGGACUUGAUGACCUUUCAAGGUCCCUUCCAGUUCUAGGAGAUGGGAUAUCUCCAUUAAUUCAUUAAUUUUAUUUUUUUAUUUUUUUUUAUUUGGGGGUUCCAAAUAAGUAGUUCUAAGUAUGAUGAUCAUACCUGGCUUAAAGCUUCUCAUAGCAUAACUGCUCCCUGUUCCCCUCUUUCCCAGAGAACAACAACAAAGACAAAGGGGAAGUUUUUUCCCCAUUUUAAAAAGUUCUAGCCUUCCCACUGGCUCUUUUGGUCAAGUGCCCACUCCCUUUCUUUUACCUGGGGGACUUUGUUAACCCUUUACAGGUAAAGCAAGCAGAGAACAGCCACCAAGAGGGACUUUAUAGCUAACUGGCUGGCUGGGUGUCCAUCAAAGAGAGCUACCCCCCAACCCCUUCAUUUAUCACAGCAAGGAUGAGAGAUGUCAGUUGCUUCCUGUUAAAAUGCCUUUUUAAAAAAAAAUAAUAAUUCAAAUUUGUGUCCCUGGACAAGUAAAUGGCACUUUAAUACCACCCAGGGCUUGUCUACACUAGAACUUAUCACUUACCAGAACACUAAUCUACAUCCCUGAGAGAUGUAAAAUAUACCAACCUAAGCGCUGGUGUAGACCGAGCAAUGUUGGCGGGAGAGCUUUCGCUUCUCAUAGAGGUUGAGGUGUUAUGCUGACAGGCGAGCUCUCUCCCAUGGCUUAGACUAGAGCAUCUUGAAUGUUAGCUUGGUGUCUUGAACAUUAGCGGGAGCUGUAGCACUUCUAGUAUAGAUUACGCCUAACACUGAGAUGUACCUGGAGCUCAGCCUUGACACCAAGUGGCAAGGAAUGCAGGAAAAUCUGUGGGCAACUUUGCUCCACUUUGCCAGCUGGCACUCAGGUUUGCUGCUUGUUGUCAGUGUUUUCUAUAAACAACUUGUGGAGUUGCAGUCCCAGCCCAGAGCGUGACAUGGGUAUAAAACCUCCAGCGGUCAUGGGGCAGGGACAGAGAUGGGAUCCUGCAUGGGGAACAGACAGCCAGAGAGCACUGUUUCAGGAGAGAGAAUCCUAAAUAGAGAGGGAGAGAAACCAGUCCCAGCAACAUCCACAGAUCAAACUGAGCAGCAGCACCGGGCCAUUUUCUCCCCUUUCCUCCAGUGGGGAAAUCCGUGGCCGUGCCUCUCUGUCAGAGGGUGAUGAUGAGAUGGGACUUUCUGUCACUGUUGUGUCAUCAUUCCUGGAGGGAAUAAAAUAAUACAAGAGAAAUAUGAGUCUGAAAUGGCUGCGCUGCCAUGUGUGUAGGUGAAGACCUGCAAUCUUCCAUGCAGUGCUGACUUUGCCAUGUUCCAGUCACUCUUGGGAGAUGAUGUUGGGGAGAAGCAGCCAUCUUGCCUUUCUUACUGGAGCUGGCUAUACCACAUGCAGUUCAGCUCAGUUGCUAUCUGCUUUAAAUCAUUAUCUGUAUUCUAAAAAUGGGGGUGUUAGAGCACUGAAUUAGUUAAAAUCUCCCAGAAUACUUUGUGCUCAUGCUAAGCUUUAUUGUACAAAUGUACUAGUAGUUAAAUUGUUCUAACCUUUGUUCAUAAUAUAUGCAGAAUCUGUCAGAUGCAAGAUGUAUGCUCUCUUAAGGUUUGCCAAAUAUGAACUGUGUGCUAGGUAGUUAGUGUACAUGUAUCUUUGGUCUUUAUGCUACUUGUGUGCUAUGAUCUACUGCCAGCUAAACUGUUGUGUGCAUAAUUAGAUGAUAAAAGGUGUGUAAGGUCUGCAGAAUCUGGAAUUUUCUGUCUUCUAAAUGAGAAUGCAGGGGGUCUCCUGUAUACAUCGGGGUUGCAUUCUUGAAAAGGGCGAUGGAUACUGAAAUGACGUGUAUGGAUUCUGAAAUUCAGCUGGAGAUGAUUCUUGCAGAAGAGAAUGAACUAUAAGAAGGAAUAAGAGGUGCCCCAAAAUAUUCCUCCCUCUCUCUCUGCUCAUGGCAUCAAUAACAUCUGAAAGACAAGGAAAGUAACUGCACUUGGGGAGGGUCCCUAGCUGAAAGGAUUCCCGUCAAUAAAACUAAUACAGCAUGCGGUGAGAGAGACUUUUGCUUUGAAUCCAUUUAGCUUGUAAAGUUAGUUAGUUGUGUUUUACCUAUUAUUUUCUUAUAACUAAGGCUACGUUUUUUUCACUGAAGUUGCAAAAGUCUCAGAAUCUGUGACUUCCAAAGACCUCCAUGACUUCAGCCCUGGCGUCUGGGAGCUGCCGGGUCCCAUUGCCUGCCAUAGCAGCAGGGAUGUGCGGUACACCCACCGCCUGAGUCAGUGGGCCCCCAAGCUCUCUGCCACCAUGGGCAGCGGGGUAUCCCGCAGUUUGUAGCCACUGCCGCGGUGGUGGGGUACCCUGCAGCUCCUGACCCACCUUGGGGGGCAUGCGGACCCACGCAGCUCCCCACUGCAGCGAUGGCAGGGGGAUUCCCUGCUCUCCUCUGCUGGGGAGGGGGCAGGGGGACCCUGCAGCUUCCCUCCGCUGCUGGUGGCAGGAGGACCGUGGAGUUCUGAACCCCCACCAGUGGUGGGGGCCCCAGAGCUCCAAGCCACUCCACAGCUGCCCUGUCCCUUCCUAUUUUAUCAUGGAUAUUUUUAUAAAAGUCAGGGAUGAGUCACGGGCCUCUCUGAAUUUUUCUUUAUUCCCCAUGAACAAUCCCUCAUUACUUGUAAAUCACUUAAAUUCUCUGUAGUUUUAACUUGUACUUAACUUGUAAUAUUGUUUCAUCUAAGCCAGUGGGUUUGGAUUGAAGGGUUUGAGAAUCUCCAUAUCAGAUAACAGGAUUCAUGCCUAUCAUUUUCUAUUAAUACACUUUAUAUGAAAUUGUAUUGUCCAGAAGAUCAGUUGGCAAGAGCAAAUGAACAAAUGCCCAGUUUACCAAAAAAGUCGGGUGCACCCCCCUAGCGGGGUGUGGAGGAACGUGUGUGUGUGGGGUGGCAACACGAGGUGUCAGGCAGCAGAGCUUGGGGGGGGGGUCAGCCCCAGGUAGAAUGGAGCUUGGGGGGGGGGGCUUAGGGGCCAGCCCCUGGCAGCAGUGUGGGGACGGUGUCAGCCCCAGCUCCUGGCAAUGGUGUGGGGAGCUGGGGCGAGGGAGGAGUCAGCCCCUGUCCUGGCAGCAGCAUGCGGAGCUCAGGGAAUGGGGGGAAAGACCCUGUCUGUGGAGUGGGGAGCUGUGGGGGAGGGGUCAGUCCCAGUGGCGGAUUUAGAGUUAGUGGGGCCCUGUGCUCAGAUUCAUUUUUGGGGCCCCUCCUUGGGACCCAACCAAGAAAAAGACCAUUCUCUCUUAUCCCCCCCAACCCGUUUUUCAUUCUUUUUUUCUUCAUCCUCCUCUAAGUAACAGCAAGUAAAUGAAAGUAAAGUGAGGUACCUUGAUUGUUCUUGUAGUCUAACUUAUUUUUCCACAGACCACUUGAAAAUCGCUGGGGGUCUCGGCGGACCACUUAACGGUUUGUACCAUUAGCCAAAUAUUGUUUGUACCAUUAGCUAACUAUUGUAAAGUGCUUCUUAAAUUGUAACUGUUGUCCAUAUAAACUAUGUAAAAACAUUACAUCUGGAUUUGCCACAAUUUG